AUCCCAGGGGACCAUAGCUUCAGGAGGCGAAAAAUUGGUGCUUCUUCUUUGCCUAUCUCUUCCCAGUUUCCUGCCCCCUUCGGCGUGUGAGAAAGACAAGCAGAGUUUGUGCUCUUUGGAAACUCGAUAGGAGGCAGCAGCUGAUCUUCCCAUCACCAGCCUAAAAAUAAUCCACUCCAGGGCUUGGAGCUGCUUCACUAAGUGGAGGAAAAUCCUGCCACCGGGAUGAUAUUGAUCACAUAGCACAACCGAGUGAAAAUUUGGGUUGGUAUUUUGUUUUUGUGUUUGCAAAGGUAACUGAACUACUGAAAUAAAUGCUUUUUUAAAGUUCCAUAUUUACCCCAAGCAAGGUCCACCUGAGAACUGUAUUUAUGCUCUUUCCUUUACAGUCAUAUCUUGCAGAGUGUGCAGAACAGUGAUAAUCCAGUAGCCAGACCUCCUGGAAGCCAUGAGGCUUGCAUUUUGUGGUAACGACAAUGCUUCAGCCUAUAACAUCAGUGCUGGUGUUCUUCGAAAUGUCUGCUUUGUGGAUGCCCUCAACUUGGUUCCCCAUGUCUUCCUGCUUUUUAUCACCUUUCCAAUUUUGUUCAUUGGCUGGGGAAGCCAAAGCUCCAAAGUCCAGAUUCACCACAAUACAUGGCUGCACUUCCCUGGACACAACCUACGGUGGAUCCUGACAUUCACUCUCCUGUUUGUACACGUGUGUGAAAUAGCAGAGGGCAUAGUUUCUGAUACACAAAUGAAAUCUCGACAUCUCCAUCUCUUUCUACCAGCUAUAAUGGGAUUUGUGGCUGCUACUGUAUCCAUAGUCUAUUAUCAUAAUAUUGAAACAUCUAACUUUCCAAAGUUACUGUUGGCUCUCUUUCUUUAUUGGAUAAUGGCAUUUGUCACCAAAACAAUCAAGCUUGUCAGAUACUGCCAGGACGGUGUGCCUUUUUCUCAGCUGCGUUUCUGCAUCACUGGAAUUAUGGUCAUUCUCUAUGGACUGCUGAUGGCUGUGGAGAUCAAUGUUAUUCGAGUUAGGAGGUAUGUGUUUUUUAUGAACCCUCAGAAAGUAAAGCCACCAGAGGAUCUACAGGACCUGGGGGUGAGGUUUCUUCAGCCAUUUGUCAAUUUGCUCUCAAAGGCGACUUACUGGUGGAUGAAUACUCUCAUCAUAUCUGCUCACAAGAAACCUGUGGACUUGAAGGCAAUUGGGAAACUCCCAAUUGCAAUGAGAGCACUGACAAAUUAUGUUUGCCUCAAAGAAGCAUAUGAGGAACAAAAGAAAAAGGUAGCAGACCAGCCCAACCGGAGUCCCUCAAUAUGGUUAGCAAUGUACAGUGCUUUUGGACGACCAAUUCUUCUCAGUAGCACCUUCCGUUACUUGGCUGACUUGCUGGGUUUUGCUGGGCCAUUAUGCAUUUCUGGCAUUGUCCAGGGCUUCCAGAACACAACCAAUAACACAAAUACAACAGAAAAGUUGAAGGAUCCAUCAAAUUCAUAUCUCUCCUCAGAGGAAUUCCUCAGGAAUGUCUAUGUUUUAGCAGUUCUCCUCUUCCUGGCCCUUAUCCUGCAGAGGACAUUCCUGCAGGCUUCCUACUAUGUGACUACAGAAACUGGUAUUAACCUACGAGGUGCUUUACUGGCAAUGAUAUACAAUAAGAUCCUGAGACUUUCCACAUCCAACUUGUCCAUGGGAGAGAUGACACUGGGACAAAUCAAUAACUUGGUCGCCAUAGAAACAAAUCAAUUAAUGUGGUUCUUGUUCCUGUGCCCCAAUCUGUGGGCUAUGCCUGUUCAGAUAAUAAUGGGUGUAAUCCUACUCUAUAAUUUGCUUGGAGUGAGUGCCUUGGUUGGUGCAGCGGUUAUUGUACUGUUAGCUCCAAUACAGUACUUCAUAGCUACAAAGUUGGCUGAGGCUCAGAAGAGCACACUGGACUAUUCUACUGAGAGAUUAAAGAAAACCAAUGAAAUACUAAAAGGCAUAAAGUUAUUAAAGCUCUAUGCCUGGGAGCACAUAUUUUGUACUAGUGUGGAAGAAACAAGAAUGAAGGAACUCACCAGUCUAAAAACAUUUGCCCUUCAUACAUCUCUUUCCAUUUUUAUGAAUGCAGCCAUACCAAUAGCAGCUGUUCUUGCAACAUUUGUGACUUAUGCAUAUACCAAUGACAAGCCACUGCAGCCUGCCCAGGCCUUUGCAUCGCUGUCAUUGUUCCACAUCCUUGUCACACCAUUGUUUCUGCUCUCCACUGUGGUUCGUUUUGCAGUCAAGGCUAUCGUAAGUGUACAGAAGCUGAAUGAAUUUCUCCUCAGUGAUGAGAUUGGAGAUGACAGCUGGAGAGGUGGGGACAGCUCCGUGGCUUAUGAAUCCUGUAAGAAGCACACAGGACUUCACACCAAGGCCAUCAACAGGAGGCAGCCCUUGAGGUAUCAGCUUGAAAGCUAUGAACAGCCACCAAGAAGGCAAACACGUCCUGUGGAAACAGAUGACAUCGCAAUCAAGGUGACCAAUGGAUACUUUUCAUGGGGAAGCGGUUUAGCUACCUUGUCCAAUAUAAACAUCAGAAUCCCAACAGGUCAGAUGACAAUGAUUGUGGGUCAAGUUGGCUGUGGCAAGUCAUCACUUCUCCUUGCUAUACUGGGAGAGAUGCAGACACUGGAGGGAAAAGUUCACUGGAGCAAAAUGUGUGACAGAGAGAUGAAUACAGAAGGAUACUUCAGUGUAAAUGAGACUGAACCUUCUUUUGAAGCAUCCAGAAGUAGAAACAGAUAUUCAGUGGCUUAUGCAGCUCAGAAGCCAUGGCUGUUGAACGCAACAGUGGAGGAGAACAUUAUAUUUGGGAGCCCAUUUAAUAAACAAAGGUACAAAGCUGUUACGGAUGCAUGCUCUCUGCAGCCUGACAUUGACUUAUUACCAUUUGGUGAUCAGACAGAAAUUGGAGAAAGGGGGAUUAAUUUAAGUGGUGGCCAACGACAGAGAAUCUGUGUAGCUCGAGCACUCUAUCAGAACACCAACAUUGUCUUCUUGGAUGACCCAUUCUCUGCUCUGGACAUUCACUUAAGUGAUCAUUUAAUGCAGGAAGGGAUUUUGAAGUUUCUCCAAGAAGACAAGAGGACUCUUGUUCUGGUGACACAUAAGUUACAGUAUCUACCACAUGCUGACUGGAUCAUAGCAAUGAAGGAUGGAAUGGUUCUUAGGGAAGGGACACUAAAGGAUAUACAAAACAAGGAUGUUGAGCUGUAUGAACACUGGAAAACCUUGAUGAAUCGCCAAGAUCAAGAAUUGGAAAAGGAUAUGGACGCUGACCAGACUACUCUGGAGAGAAAAACUCUUAGAAGAGCUAUGUACCCCAGAGAAUCCAAAUCACAACUAGAAGAUGAAGAUGAAGAGGAAGAAGAGGAAGAAGAUGAAGAUGAUAAUAUGUCAACUGUCUUGAGGCUCAGGACAAAGAUGCCAUGGAGAACCUGCUGGAGAUAUCUAACUUCUGGAGGAUUUUUCUUGCUCUUUCUGAUGAUUUUCUCAAAGCUGUUGAAACACUCAGUUAUAGUAGCCAUAGAUUAUUGGCUUGCUACGUGGACAUCCAUGGACAAUGAAAAUGAACUCAGGAAUGCUGCUGAUGCUAAGAACACGAAGACUUAUCAUGUAGCUGUCUUCAGCAUCCUCUCUGGAGCAGGAAUUGUCCUGUGCCUCAUCACAUCUCUCACUGUGGAGUGGAUGGGUCUCACAGCAGCCAAGAACCUACAUCAUAAUCUCCUCAAUAAGAUCAUCCUUGGACCAAUCAGGUUUUUUGAUAUGACUCCACUGGGGCUAAUUCUAAAUCGCUUCUCUGCUGAUACCAAUAUCAUUGAUCAGCACAUUCCCCCUACCCUGGAGUCUCUUACCCGAUCCACCUUACUCUGCCUGUCAGCCAUCGGGAUGAUCUCGUACGCCACUCCGUGGUUCCUUGUUGCCCUCGUGCCCCUUGGCAUAGCAUUUUACUUCAUCCAGAAAUACUUCAGAGUUGCUUCCAAGGACCUCCAGGAACUUGACGACAGCACCCAGCUACCUUUACUCUGUCACUUCUCAGAAACAGCUGAAGGCCUUACCACCAUCAGAGCAUUCAGGCACGAAGCCAGGUUUAAACAACGUAUGCUGGAACUUACGGAUACAAACAACAUUGCCUACUUAUUUCUAUCAGCUGCCAACAGAUGGCUGGAGGUCAGGACGGAUUACCUCGGUGCCUGCAUAGUCCUUACUGCAGCUGUCACUUCCAUCACUGAAGGGCCUAACUCAGGGCUUGUGGGGCUAGGUCUCCUGUAUGCUCUGACGAUAACAAACUAUUUGAACUGGGUGGUGAGAAAUCUGGCUGAUUUGGAGGUGCAGAUGGGUGCAGUAAAAAAAGUACACAGCUUCCUGAACAUGGAGUCGGAGAACUAUGAUGGCUACUUGGACUCUUCUCAAGUCCCAAAAGACUGGCCUCAAGAGGGGGAAAUCAAGAUUGAAAAUUUGUGUGUGAGAUAUGAAAACAACUUGAAGCCUGUUCUCAAACAUGUUAAGGCCUAUAUUAAACCAGGACAAAAGGUUGGGAUCUGUGGUCGUACUGGCAGUGGCAAGUCAUCCCUGUCUUUGGCGUUCUUCAGAAUGGUGGACAUAUUUGAUGGAAGGAUAGUGAUAGACGGAAUAGACAUCAGCAAGUUGCCUCUUCAUACUCUUCGUUCCCGGCUCUCCAUUAUCCUCCAGGAUCCAAUACUGUUCAGCGGUUCCAUCCGAUUUAAUUUGGAUCCAGAAUGCAAGUGCACUGAUGAUAGACUCUGGGAAGCUUUGGAGAUUGCUCAGCUGAAGAACAUGGUCAAAUCAUUGCCAGGAGGCCUUGAUGCAAUGGUAACAGAAGGAGGAGAGAACUUCAGUGUAGGGCAAAGACAGCUUUUCUGCCUGGCCCGAGCCUUUGUUCGCAAGAGUAGCAUUCUCAUCAUGGAUGAAGCCACAGCAUCUAUUGACAUGGCCACAGAAAACAUUUUGCAGAAGGUUGUGAUGACUGCCUUUGCAGACCGCACAGUUGUAACAAUAGCGCAUCGGGUUCACACUAUUCUAACUGCAGACCUGGUCAUUGUCAUGAAACGAGGGAACAUUUUGGAAUACGAUACACCUGAGAACCUGCUUUCUCAAGAAGAUGGCAUCUUUGCUUCAUUUGUCCGGGCUGACAUGUGAAGAAUCACAUGAUGUAUGUUAAUAGCUUAUUUUUAAACAAAUCAAAUGCAAAUACUUUUUGUUCAACGUAACAUCACUUUACCUUUUUUCAGAGUUUUUUUUUCUUUACACGUCCAUCUUUCAAAAUAAUAAAACCCAUUACAAUACAUGUAUGCCUGAAAGCAAUAAAAAUAUCACUUAAUUAAAAAUCCAUUAAACUUUACAAACACGCAGGCAGGAAGUUUUUAUUUCCUGGAAAUCUGGCAUUUUUCUUAGACAUUUUAAGUGGCCUUAUUUUCUUUCAUAGACAGCAAAUGCACUAUUCUUACAAAUUGCAUAUGUUAUUCUGGAAGCAGGAAUCAAAUCGUGCAGUUUGUCAAGGAAGCUAGAGACUCCCAGAAGCAUUCAGCCCCCAGAGAUGAAAAUUAAAAAACAACAAAUCCAAACCCAUAACACUUGUAGCAAUCUGCUGCAUUCCAAAGGGAUAAACUUUGCUCUUCAAGUUGUAGUAGAGGAGCAGUGAAUGAGGGAAAGGAAUUUAAUCAGAAAUAAGGAAAUUCUUCCUGCCCUUUUUGUUAGUUCACAUACUGUAGUUAGCACAGCACUAUUUUUUCAGUGCAGUGAUGGCUUAUCCCUACAGCCAGUUCCUAAAUCGGUAUUCAUUCUGCAGACUUUUUUGAAUCGAAGACCCAAAUCAUCCUAUAAUUAUGCAUGCUUUGAUAGGUUUAUAAAGGAAUACAUUUUGUACAGUAUCUUAAGACUUCAUAUUAAAAUUAAUCUGAAUUUAUCUGAA